UUUUCAGAAAGAUAGUUUCACGUGCUUCCGGUUUAUCGAUCGAACCGGUAGGAACAUGGUAAUUCGGACAUAACGAGAGCAAAGUGAUUUUGAUCUUAAUCUUUUUACAUAAAAAGAAUUUAAUAAUUAACUGUAAAUAUGAGUGCACUUACAUCUGAAUCUUUAACUGAUAAAGAGAAAAGUGAAUUUAUGCAACAAAUAAAACAAGAAUUUGCUAUUGCAAGUGCACAAGAGAUGCUCUCGAAAAUGUCAGAGAAAUGCUUCAAAAAAUGUGUGGUUAGACCUGGCACUUCUCUAGAUAGUUCUGAACAGAAAUGUGUAGCAAUGUGUAUGGACCGAUAUAUGGAUGCAUUUAAUCUUGUAUCAAAAACAUAUAGUGCUCGAAUACAAAGAGAGCAUAAUAGAAUGUAACAGUACAAAUUGUUAAAUAAAUUGUUUCUGGUUGUA